AUGCCGGCACGCUUCACAAGCUUGAACCAGUGGAUCUUUGACGUCUUGGAACAUGGGCAUUUCUCGUGGUUUUUGAUCAGUGAACCCAACAUUUCCACUUGCAUGAGUUCUCAAAUCUUUCGGCAUUGUUUUUCGACCUUGUGCCGAACAAGUGCAUAUUUUAUUUACUCGGGUAGAGCAUGUGUUUAUGACAGGAACAGGAAACAUCGCGAUUGA